UUACACCAUUAUCACACUCUCUAAUACACCUCUAUCACUAAGUGUUCUACUAUACUUUCUCUCCCUGAUCUUCUGCUCAUUUCCUUCCAUAUUAUAACACGUUAUCAGCACGAAUUUGCUCCAAAUCCCUGAUAUCAUCAUCUUCCCAGCAGUAGAUUAUGGCACACAUUAGCAAAAGAGAGUUUGACGUCCUUGAUUUAUCUGGCCAAAAAUAUUUGGAAUGGAAAGUCGACGCUUUGGCACAUUUAAAAGCAAAUGCCCUCGAAAACACAAUUGCUGAAAAUAAUUCAGCUACUCCCCAAAAUAAGGCAAAAGCCAUUAUCUUUCUUCGUCACCAUCUUCAUGAAAGUUUGAAGUCUGAGUAUUUAUUGGUAGAUGACCCUAAAGAAUUAUGGGAUAAUCUCCAAGAAAGGUAUGGCCAUCAACAAAAGGUCCUUUUACCAAAAGCUCAAUAUGACUGGAUCAAUUUACGAUUCCAGGAUUACAAAUCUAUAAGUGACUACAAUUCUGCCUUGUUCCAAAUAACAUCAAAAUUGAAGUUAUGCGGACAAAAAGUCACUGAUGCCGAAAUGUUGGAAAAAACUCUAUCCACUAUGCAUCUUUCAAAUAUGCUUUUACAAGAGCAAUAUAGACAAAAGCACUUUCAAAAGUAUUCUGAUUUAAUAUCAGUAUUACUACUUGCUGAGACGAAUACUGACAUUUUGAUGAGAAACCACAAUAUGAGACCCACGGGUUGUAGCCCUUUUAGUUUUGGUCCACAAAAUCAUGGUUCAAAACAUGAAUCAAAUGCAACCCAUAGUGGUGCUCGUGGACAUUUCAAACGUGGUCGUGGUAUUGGUCGUUAUAAUGGACCUAGCCGGGGAAACAAACAGAGUAGUAGCUCUUACAAAGGCAAGGGAAAGCAAAACCCCCAUCAAACAAGAGGCCCGACGAAAUCUUCAGAAAAGGCUAAAGUCACUUGUUUUAAAUGUGGCACGUCAGGACAUUGGGCAAAUAAGUGUCGCACACCUACACAUUUGGUUGACUUAUAUAAAUCAUCUCUAAAAGGAAAGAAUGUGGAAACUAAUUACGUCAACGAAAACGUUCCACCAAUGCCCACAUUUAAUAUGUCUGAUUUCUAUAUGGAUAAUAAUGAGAUGAACACUGACAUCGUCAUGGGUGAAAAAUAAUAAUAAUAAAAAUGAAAUUAUUCUGUUAUGUAAUAUAUUCUACAAUAAAAGUUUGUUGUAUUGUAAUUUUUAUUUGAUAUGCUUGUUUCGGUUGUAAAAGUUAUGUACAUUUUAAUGAAUAAAUUCUUGUUUAUAUUGCAAUAUUGAACUAAUAUUUGUUCAUUUUUAUUUUUUUAAAAAUAUGGAGUUAACUGAAAUUUCUCCAAAUGGCUUUGAACAAUGUUUAAUAGACAGUGCCACAACGCACACCAUUUUGAGACAUAGAGAUUAUUUUUCUCAUAUGACAUUAGUUGAUGCUAAUGUCAAUACAAUCUCAGGUGUUGCUAAACUCAUUGAAGGUUCUGGAAUAGCCUGUGUAAUUCUCUCAAAAGGGACAAAAUUAAUAAUUAAAGACGUUUUAUACUCCAGUAAAUCACGGAGAAAUCUUUUGAGUUUCAAAGAUAUGCGUCUAAAUGGUUUUCACAUUGAAACCAUGUCUGAAAAUCAAAAGGAAUAUUUAUGUCUAACGACAAAUAGAUCUGGCAAUAAAUACAUUUCAGAAAAAAUGCCAGCAUAUUCCUCCGGACUAUAUUAUACAUAUAUCAGUCCAAUUGAGAUAAAUGUGGUAUCUAAAAUUAAUGACCACAAUUCCUUUAUCUUGUGGCAUGACCGUUUAGGUCAUCCAGGCAGCACUAUGAUGCACAAAAUUAUUCAAAAUUCACUUGGACAUUCAUUAAAUAAUGUCAAAAUUCCACAAUCAAGUGAUUUCUCAUGCACAGCCUGUUCUCUUGGCAAAUUAAUUAUCAGGCCAUCUUUAUACAAAAUUGGAGUUGAAUCUCCUGCAUUUUUAGAAACAAUUCAAGGAGAUAUUUGUGGGCCAAUUGCCCCUCCGUGUGGACCCUUUCGAUACUUUAUGGUGCUCAUUGAUGCAUCAACACGUUGGUCACACGUCAGUCUUUUAUCGACUAGAAAUUUUGCAUUUGCAAAUCUCCUUGCUCAAAUUAUUCGUUUGAGAUCACAAUUUCCGGAUUUUUCAAUAAAGAAAAUCCGACUUGAUAAUGCAGGGGAAUUUACAUCCCAAUCUUUUAAUGACUAUUGCAUGUCAAUUGGGAUUGAUGUGGAACAUCCAGUUCCACAUGUGCAUACACAAAAUGGUCUUGCUGAAUCCUUAAUUAAGCGAUUACAAUUAAUUGCUAGACCAUUAUUGAUGAAAUCCAGAUUACCAUCAUCUGCAUGGGGAUAUGCUAUAAUGCAUGCUGCAAAUUUAAUUAGGCUCAGGCCAACUGCAUAUCAUAAAUUUUCCCCAUUGCAAUUAAUAUCUGGUAAAGAACCAAAUAUAUCACACAUAAAAAUAUUUGGUUGUUCUGUGUAUGUACCAAUUGCUCCACCUUAUCGUACUAAAAUGGGUCCUCAAAGAAGGCUGGGAAUUUAUGUUGGUUUUAAAUCUCCCUCAAUUAUUAAUUAUCUAGAACCUAUGACUGGUGACUUAUUCACCGCACGGUUCGAUGACUGUCAUUUUGAUGAAACAGUAUUCCCAGCCUUAGGGGGAGAUAAUAAAGAAAUGGACCCACGUACGGAAGAUAUUACUUGGAAUGCAACAGGUUUAUCUUUUCUUGAUUCUCGCACAAAUGCUUGUGAACAAGAAAUUCAAAAGAUCAUUCAUUUACAAAGUGUUGCAAACCAAUUGCCUGAUGCUUUCACAGACUCAAAGAAAGUGACGAAGUCACAUAUUCCAGCUAUGAAUACUCCUUCUCGAAUAGAAAUUCCUGCGGAGAUUAGCGAAAGAACUCUUGCUAAUGAAUCUAUGAUACGUAAAAAACGUGGUAGACCACUUGGUUCAAGAGAUUUGAAACCAAGAAAAUUGAAAAAGCAAGAUGUAGUUUGUGAUGCCAAAGAAGUUCAACCUUCUCAAGAAGGAAAUGAACAUUAUGAUAAUAUUGGCAUUGAAGAUAACAUCAAUAAUAAGGAUACCUCAAAAGAGGAUCCAAUCACCUUUGAAGAGGUAAAUAUUCCAGAUACAGAUAGAAACGUUGAUAAUUUUGAAAUUUCAAUCAAUUACGUUUCUAAUGGAAUGCAAUGGAAUAGAAAAGAUAUUGAUGUUAACGAUAUAUUUUCAUAUGCCAUCGCCACAGAUAUAAUGAAUGAACACGAUGACAAUGAGCCUAAAUCUAUUGACGAAUGUCGUCGUAGAAACGAUUGGCCAAAAUGGAAUGAAGCAAUUCAGGUAGAACUAAAAUCGCUAGAAAAGCGUAAUGUUUUUGGACCAAUUGUCCACACGCCAAAAGGCGUAAAACCUGUAGGUUUUAAAUGGGUGUUUGUGCGUAAACGCAAUGAGAAAAAUGAAAUCGUUAGAUAUAAAGCCCGACUUGUUGCCCAAGGUUUUUCUCAAAUGCCAGGAAUCAAUUAUGAUGAGACGUAUUCUCCAGUAGUUGAUGCUACUACUUUACGAUUUUUAAUUGGCAUGUCUGUUUUUGAAAGGCUGCAAAUGCGGUUAAUGGAUGUAGUGACCGCAUAUUUAUAUGGUUCACUCGAUACAAAUAUAUAUAUGAGAAUUCCUGGAGGCUUUAAAAUACCUGAUGCUUAUAGCUCGAAAUCUCGAGAUUUAUUUUCCAUAAAAUUGCAAAAGUCAUUAUAUGGAUUAAAACAAUCUGGACGCAUGUGGUAUAACCGUCUAAGUGAAUAUUUGAUUAAAGAAGGAUACAAAAAUGAUCCUAUUAGUCCAUGUGUUUUCAUUCAGCGAUCUGAAUCAGGAUUCGCCAUAAUUGCAGUAUAUGUUGAUGAUUUGAAUAUAAUCGGAACUUCCAAUGAAAUUGAAAAUACUGCUAAAUAUCUCAUGAAAGAAUUUGAAAUGAAAGACCUUGGGAGAACAAAAUUUUGUCUCGGCAUUCAAAUUGAACAUUUGAGAAAUGGUAUUUUUAUCCACCAAUCAAAUUAUACCGAGAAACUUUUGAAGCGGUUUUACAUGGAAAAAGCUCACCCACUCAAUUUGACGAGCACUUUGUCACGGUGCGUCAAAAUAAAUUUCAAUACUAACACUUAUACGUAGUAUAGCGUAGUAGAGUUCGUAUCCACAGGGAAAGGAAUAAUUCUCUUUUUAUGAUACUUAGUAAAUAAAAAGGGGGGAUUUGGAUUGAGUGAUUUAAUUUAAUUAAGAACUAAGAUGAACAACCUAUAUGUGUUUAAUUCAAAGAAAAAAAGGACUUGGCAUUGCUACUUUCCACUUGUUGAUAUAUUUUAGUCGAUCAUUGUUAUAUCUAUAACUUAUUCCCUCUCGAAUACUCAAUCGGGGAGUAUAUCCACUUCAUCGAGGGUAGUUAUUAACAACGACCGUUCAUUAAUAACCCUUACUAUUAAUCAAAUAUAGAACAACGCCUUAUACCGAUUUAAUAGUAGCAUUUAAUCUUUCUAACUCCUUGAUGAAAUCAAUUGAGAUUGAUAACCUCAACACAAGCGGUUUCGGUUUAACCAACAAAAUUAAUCCCUCUUAAGUUUAUUAACCACGACCGUGCAUUAAUAAACCGAAGUUACUUACUUGUGAAACCAUCAAUGAUUAACCACCGGUUCGUUGAUCGUUUCUAGUAAUAAUUAAUAUAUGAAACAAAACUAGUUGAUCCUUUAAGUAAUGUUCAAAAUAUUAAUAUGAAAUAAGAGUAGGGAUUAAUUAAUAUUCAAGGAAGAAUAUUAUUAAUGAAGAUGAAUCCUACUAUAAUUAAUAUCAAGAUGUUAACUAAUUGUCAUCUUAGCAACACUCCUCAAUAUUAAUAUAGAGGAAGAAAAUACCAUUCUAACUAAUGUCGAGAUGUUAACUAAUUGUCAUCUUAGCAACACUCCCCAACAUUAAUAUAGAGAUGGUAUUAAGGAAAGAACUAUUAAUUAAUAUUCAAGGAAAGAAGUUAAGAAAAUAACUCACAACUUUAAUAAUCAACAAGCUUCAAGAGCAACACCAAGAAUGGAAGUUUAGCUCCUCAUUUGGAGACUAAACAUAGCUAGAAAAAUAUAAAGAAAUUCUAUUCUAAACUGAGCUAAAGAGUAUGGAAGAAGGGAUCAUUUUUUGUGAAGAAAAAGUGUGCUAUUUAUAGGUGUUUUUCAACACCUUUGGCCGGGUACCCGACCGGGUCAAGUACUUACCCGACCGGGUCCGGUCAAAAUCAGAUAAUCCGCCACGUUCUGGUGAUCUUCGCACGUCGUUUUGUCUCGGGUCACAUCUGACCCGACCGGGUCAAGUAGGGGACCCGACCGGGUCCAGUGACUUUCUUGGCCAUUUCGUCUGUUAAAUCCUACCCGACCGGGUGGGGGUUUCUACCCGGUCGGGUUUCACUCCUGGGCAGUCAAAUUUCUUGUUUUCUUCUCUUCAAAGUCUUCCUUUCCAACACCACAAAUCCUAACUAUACUUUACAACUUAUAAAUGAGAAUUAAAAUACGAUUACAACUAAAAUCACACAAAUGUUUACAAACUAAAUAAAACGGUAAACAAUACACACAAAUCAAUCAUAAAAAUAUACAUUUAUGCACUACUAAUUAGUGCAUAUCACAAUUCCCCGAUGGUGGUUCGAUCUCUCAAUGUGCAUGAUGAUCCUUUUCGACCUUGUGAAGAUGAUGAAGAAAUCCUUGGUCCCGAAAUACCAUAUUUGAGUGCUAUUGGAGCGUUAAUGUAUUUGGCUAAUAAUACACGACCAGAUAUUGCUUUUUCUGUAAAUUUAUUAGCCAGGUACAAUUCUUCUCCGACAAGAAGACAUUGGAAUGGCGUCAAACAUAUAUUCCGCUAUCUCAAUGGUACAAUCGAUCUUGGAUUGUAUUUCAAGAAUGGUGCAAAUGCCACUUUAAUUGGCUAUGCCGAUGCAGGAUACUUGUCUGACCCACAAAAGGCAAAAUCACAAACAGGAUAUGUAUUCACCUAUGGUGAUACCGCUAUCUCAUGGAGAUCAAUGAAGCAAACAUUAACUGCCACAUCAUCAAAUCAUGCAGAAUUAAUUGCUCUUUAUGAAGCAGGUCGAGAAUGUGUCUGGUUGAGAUCAAUGAUCCAGCACAUACAAAAUGAAUGUGGUAUAAAAUCUUUUACUUGUAAUCCUACUGUGAUUUAUGAAGAUAACACAGCAUGUAUAGCUCAGAUCAAAGGAGGUUACAUCAAAGGGGAUAGAACAAAGCAUAUAGCACCAAAACUUUUCUCCACACAUGAUCUUGAGAAAGAAGGAACAGUUGAUGUCAAACAAAUCAAGUCCUGCGACAACCCUGCUGAUUUAUUCACAAAGUCAUUAGCACCGAAGAAAUUUGAAGAACUGGUCCACAAAAUUGGAAUGUGUCAUCUUCGAGAUAUAUGUUAAAUUGAGGGGGAGUAAUAUAAUGCACUGCACUCUUUUUCCCUUCGCCAGGAUUUUAUCCCACUGGGUUUUUCCUGACAAAGGUUUUUAACGAGACAGUACAUUAUAAUACUAUGAUACUAAUACCCUAGAAUAAUUAGAAGAUGACCAUUCAAGGGGGAGUGUUGAAAUAUAUUGAAUUAGUCAUCUUCCAACUAUUCCUGAUUAGGAAUACUUAUCACCAUUGUAUAAAUAAUUAGGAAAUCAUAAUUAUGAUUCUAGAUGAUAAUUGUGUGGUUCUCAAUUAUCCUCUAAUCCUAAUAAGCUUAGCUUUUCUCCUAUAAAUAGGAGUCUUCUCCAUUGUAAUCAACACACCUUCAUUACACCAUUAUCACACUCUCUAAUACACCUCUAUCACUAAGUGUUCUACUAUACUUUCUCUCCCUGAUCUUCUGCUCAUUUCCUUCCAUAUUAUAACA